AUGCAAUCGCUAUUACUAUUUGCGGCUUUGUCAAUUGGAGCGCUAAUAAAUCCAGUUUAUAGUUGUCUUGGUGGUGGUUCAUGCUGUUGUCCACCAGCAAAACCAUCAUGUGGUUGUGGUAGUACCUGUGGUGGUGGUGGUGGUGGUGGUGGUGGUGGUGGAGGAUAUGCGGCGCCACAAAAAGGAUAUGCAGGACCGCCACCUUCAUCUUAUGCGGGACCUCCACCGCCACCUCCUGCGUAUGCAGCACCUCCACCUUCUUCCUAUGCGGCUCAACCACCUUCUUCCUAUGCGGCACAACCACCACCCUACGCUGCACCACCUCCAGCUUCUUCCUAUGGGGCAGGACCAUCUUAUGCAUCGCAACCUGCUUAUGGUGCACCAUCUUAUGGAGGAGCAUCAUCAUACAGUGGCGGAGGGGAUUCUUACGGAAAAGGAGGAGCAGGAUAUGAUGGAGGAGCUAGUUACGGAAAUGGCGGUGCCUCACAGUACGGUGCUGGUGCCUCACAGUACGGUGGCGGUGCCUCACAGUACGGUGGCGGUGCCUCACAGUACGGUGGUGGUGCUUCACAGUACGGCGGUGGUGGAGCAGCAGGCGGAAUCUAUGGAGCAGCUGCACCUGAAUUACCACCACCACCACCACCACCACCAGCACCUGCACAAGCUCAGCAAUUACCAGUCAAUCAUCAACCGUUCCAGGAGCAGGCAUCAGCAGUGGCUGCGGAAGCUCCUCCUGUAGCUGCACCUGCUCCAUUACCUUCAUACCAGGAGCAGUCACAAUCGCUACCAGUUUCAGCUCCCGCUGCUUCAUCAUAUACGGAACAAGGUAGCGGAGGAGCGCUUGCACAAACAUACCAAGAAAGUGGCCCUGAAACAGCGGUAGCUGGUAAUCAGGCCGGUAGUGGUUAUCGUGAUCGAUUGAAAUUCGCGAAAGUUUUCAAGCAACGAUUGAGUAGUUAG